AUGGGCAAUAAUUGUAUGAUUCAAAAUUAGACCAUAAAUUAAAAUGAAAAAGUUAUUAGAAUAGAUAGCUAUUCUAAUUUAUAGAGACCUAGUAAAUAAAUUUUGCAUCCAUAGAUUUAGAACUUAUCAUAAAAUUUAGAUACAUUUGAAGAAGACUUUUUUAAAAAUGAAUUUCUUUUUGAUGUUACCAAUGAUAACAUUACACAUAGUUAUGAUAGUAAAAUUAAGUUAGAAAAGACAGAUAUAGAUGAUAUUUAACAGAACAUUACGAAACAAUGUCCCUCUUUAAAUUUUGUUGGUGAAUAAUAAAUUCAAUAUAAAAUUAAUCUCAAUACAAUUUAAGAAGACCCUCUAAAUUAAGCUUUCAUAAAGAAAAAAACAAAAAAAGAUGGAAAUUCUUCCAAAAAGAGUUAGAAAUAAUAAAAUAAACCAGUAUAAAAAAAACUAGAACCAAAAGGUAUUUUAAAAUAAAACAAAUAAAAUUCCUCUUUGAGCAGCUUUUCUGAUAGAAGUAACAAGCAUUCCGUUUCAUUUAACCUUUUAUUAGGCUAAAAAGAUAACAAAAAUACUAGAUCUAUGUCUCCUAUAAUUCAAACAAAAAAUAAGAUAAAACCUAAUUGUCAUACAAAAAGCAUGAUUUUUAUGUAAUAGUUUCCAUAUGUAUGA